GAUGCCCUCCGUGUCAGGCCAGAGCGCGGGGUCGUCCUCCUCCUCGCGGAGCCUCAUCUACCAAUUCGUCAACUGCCGCUUGGUUCGAGGGGGACAGAUCGUCAAGGACGACUUCUGGUUCAGGGGCGGCAGGAUCCUGAACCCCGAGCCCGUUUUCUUCGAGGAGAAGGUCCGGGCUGACGUGAGGGUCGACUGCCACGACGCCCUCAUCUGCCCGGGCUUCGUCGACGUGCAGGUGAACGGAGGUUUCGGCUACGACUUCUCGUCAGACGCAGACCGCCUGGAGGAGGCCGUGUCCUCCGUCUCCCGUGGAGUCCUGGCCACUGGCGUCACCUCCUUCUGCCCGACGCUCGUCACCUCGCCCGAUUCCGUCUACCACAAGAUUAUGCCACGUAUAGAAAGAACGGAUGGCGGCAAAGAAGGCGCAGGCAUCUUGGGCGUUCACCUUGAGGGUCCCUUCAUCAGCCCGGAGAAGAAAGGAGCCCAUCCACUCAACUACAUACAGAAUCUUGACCAGGGUUUCAGUAAGUUAGAGUCAACUUAUGGACGCCUCGAUAACACUUCUGUAGUUACCAUAGCUCCGGAGCUUACAGGAGCCAAGGAAGUCAUAAGGGAACUCUCAGACCGGGGCAUUGUUGUAAGUGUAGGUCAUUCUAAUGGCAACCUCGAAGAUGGUGAGGCAGCAGUAAACAGCGGUGCUUCUUUUAUCACUCAUCUAUUUAAUGCCAUGCUGCCUUUUCAUCAUCGUGAUCCUGGACUUGUUGGUUUGCUAACAAGUAGAAAAAUUAACCAGCCUGUCUUCUACGGCAUCAUAGCUGAUGGAAUUCACACUCAUCCUGCUGCUCUUCGUAUUGCCCACAGAACGCAUGCUAAAGGCCUUGUGCUAGUGUCAGAUGGUAUGGCAGCCAUGGGUCUUGGUGAUGGAGAGCACCACAUAGGUCAAAUGAUGGUGAAGGUCCAAGGUAGACGUGCUGUACUGGCCGGCACAAACACUCUAGCGGGUUCUGUGGCCACAAUGGAUGAGUGUGUCAGAGUUUUCAUUAA